AUGGGUCGUUCCGAGCCCGAUCUGAGCUCGCGUCGCAAGCAUCCCAAGAGCAAGAAAAAGCACACCAAGCGCAACCGUAAUUACUCCAACUCGGACAGUGACUCUGAAGUUCGUGCAGAGCGUAAAUCACGUAAAAAAUCCGCAAAAAUGCUGGCAAGUUUGGGCUAUUCGGACGAAACGAACCCAUUUGGAGACUCGAGUCUCAGCCAACCAUUUGUAUGGGGUAAAAAGUACGAGGCUCAAGGCACUAAUAAACCUCCAUCGGAGAAAGAAAUCAAAAAGGCUCAAAUUCGACGUAUCGAUGAGAUUCGUAAAGCUCGGAAACGUCGUGAUGAACGUGAAGCCGAAAAGGAAGAAUUGGAACGUCUUCAGAGCGAAGAAUUACGGUUAAAAGAUGCCGAACAAUAUGACGAUUGGCAACAAAAAGAAGAAGAAUUUCACUUAAAACAGACCAAAGUUCGAAGCCAGUUACGGAUUCGGGCAAACCGUGAAAAACCGGUAGAUUUACUGGCGAAAAAUUUGCUACUGGUAUCGGCAAAAACAGACGACAAGGACGAAAAGGAUGAGUUUUUCAAAAAAGAAAUUGGGCACAUUCGAGUCGAACAUCGUCGACCUUAUGCUAUUCUAGAGGUUUUAUCGCUGGAAGAGUUAGUGGGAUUACAGGAGGAUGUGCAGAUGUAUCAAGAAUUGGAAGAAAGUGGAAAUGGAGGACAUAAUGCUGAAUUUUGGCAAUUAAUGACACUUGUGUGUAAUGAUCGAAUUCGACGGUUAAAACGGUUGCAGAGUGAAGGACGAGCCGAGAGAGGAGCAAUUCAUGAUGCUGUAAAUGAAACAAUUACAGGAAUGCUAGAGGGGAAAACUACCGAUGGAUUGCAGGAAUUACACGAUCAAGUCAAAGAGACAAUUGCUAGUGUAUCAAAAGGAGCAACAGGAGUGGAUGUAGACUUUUGGGAAGAAGUGGCACAGCAAGUUCAAGUGUAUCAAGCUCGUGCACGACUCACGCAAUUGCAUGAAGAAAUGCUUGAGAAAUUGGCAGACCUUAUGGAAGAGCACGAAAGACGCGCGGCUGAGGAAGCAGCCGCUCGUGUUCCUGAACACGAGAUGCACGGUCUUGUGGAUGAAAAUGGAUGUGAUGCUGGACGUGAGGCGGUUGAGAUGGAGAAAUCAUUUGCUCGUAAGGGUCUUGACGAAGAAGAAGAGCGACUUGAUGCCUCUGAAGAGGUAGUACUUGCUGACUCGAAAGCAGCUCCACGCUGGAGUGAAAAGUACCAGCCACGCAAGCCGCGCUACUUCAAUCGUGUCAAGACCGGCUACGACUGGAACAAGUACAACCAGACGCACUAUGACCACGACAAUCCUCCACCGAAGGUCGUACAGGGCUACAAGUUCAACCUCUUUUACCCCGACCUCAUCGACAAGCACACGGCCCCACGCUUCUUCUUGGAGAAGGCCAACUCGGAUGAGUUCUGCAUUAUUCGCUUUUCCGCAGGACCACCGUACCAAGACAUCGCAUUCAAGAUCGUUAACCGCGAGUGGGAACACUCUGCUAAACGCGGGUUCAAGAGCGUAUUCGAGCGUGGAAUCUUGCACCUUUAUUUCAACUUCAAACGCCACAGGUAUCGUCGGUAG